ACCUAAGCUCUGUCUCUGAAGCCAGCGGCUCUUCUUCGUUCUUCCUCACAGUCCAAUUCAAUCACAUUCAAACAAACAAUACGAACGACCCUUUUGACGGAUCUCUCUAAAGCUCAAAGUUUUCAAACUUUCUGCAUUAUUUCUUCUUUAUAAAACCCUGUACUUUUCUUUUCAUUUCAUUUCACACCCAAAUGGCUUCCUCCUCGACCUCUCGCGCAGCUUCCGCUUUUUCUUCCUCUGCUCUCUCCAAACCCCCCUCCGCUUUUCUCCAUUAUUACCAUUCCGCUACUCUUUCUUUCCCUUUCUCUGCUAAACCCACAGGGCUCAGGCUCUCCAACAAGGGUUCUUUAAAAUAUUCAGCUUUGGCCAAAGCCCAAUUGAAUGAGGUGAGUUUCUUUCAAUCAUUUUCAUUAGAGGAUCCAUUUUCAAAUUUUCGUUCCUUCCUGGACAUGCUUUUGGGAUCAUCUGUUGCCUCCAAGGUUGCUAUUGCGGGAUCAUCAAAUGCUGUAGCCAUGCCUCCAACGGAAUCAGAAGUAGCAAGAGCAGAAAUGAAAGAUGCUAAGCCAUCAAAUGAGCCUUCUUCAGCAACUUCGGCUACAGAGGAGUCAAUUUCAGAGUUUAUCACUCAAGUUGCAAGUCUUGUUAAGCUUGUUGAUUCCAGAGAUAUAAUGGAGUUGCAGUUGAAACAACUCGACUGUGAACUAAUUAUCCGGAAAAAAGAGGCCUUGCUGCCACCUUCAUCACCUGCUCCCACUGAUAUGAUGCAUGCACCUGCCUCACCACCUGUAAUGUCGAUGGCCCCACCUGCACCUGCCCCUAUGCCUGCUGCAUCUGCUCCAUCUGCAACUCCAUCCCCGUCAACUCCUCCUCCUCCUGCCAAAUCGCCUAAGUCUUCACUUCCAUCUCUUAAAUGUCCCAUGGCAGGUACAUUCUAUAGGAGUCCAGCACCUGGUGAACCGCCAUUUGUAAAGGUUGGAGACAAAGUACAGAAGGGACAGGUCUUAUGCAUCAUCGAGGCCAUGAAAUUGAUGAAUGAAAUAGAAGCUGAUCAAUCAGGAACCAUAGUUGAGGUGCUCGUAGAAGACAGAAAGCCGGUCAGCAUGGAUACACCUCUGUUCGUGAUCGAACCUUAGAGUUAUCAAGCGGGCAAGUUAAUGAAUCGAGUAAAGACUAAAGGGCACACUCUGUUCACGGUAAUGCUUGUCAGUCGCGGCAAUGUUUUGUUUUGAUGAGUUGAUAGAUAGAAUGAGAAUGACUGAUUUGUAUUUUUCAUAUUUGGAGUAUUCUCAUAACAAUCCGACAACUUAAAUUAAAUUUUAAAUCUAGAAAAAAAAAAAAAAACCCUUGCGGAUGUUGUUCAUCCUGA